UUCCGGUUCGGUGAGGGCUUGGGCCGGCCUGGCGAGGCUGAGGGACCGCGCUGAGCACACGGUCACAUCCAAGCCACUGGCAAGUCUGUUGGUUUUAUCUCCAAAAUAUAUCUUGACUCUUCAUCUUUGCCACCAUCCUGAGCCUCUCCUGCUUGGACCACUACCCUCAGUCUUCUGGGAGGGGUGUGAAGAUGCUUAAGGAGCGUCCAGGGAUGGCAGAAGACCCUCAGCAGCAGAUAGGUGUUCCUGUGGUAAAGCUGGAGAAAGAGUUGCCAUGGGGCAGGGGAAGGGAGGACCCUAGUCCUGAAACUUUUCGACUGAGGUUUCGACAGUUCCGCUACCAGGAGGCGGCUGGUCCCCAGGAAGCCCUCAGGGAACUCCAGGAACUCUGUCGUCAGUGGCUGAGGCCUGAGCUGCACACCAAGGAGCAGAUCUUGGAGCUGCUGGUGCUGGAGCAGUUCCUAACCAUCCUGCCACGGGAGUUCUAUGCCUGGAUUCGGGAGCACGGCCUGGAGAGUGGCAAGGCUCUUGUGGCCAUGGUGGAGGACUUCACAGAGAGAACAUUGGAGGCCAAGGCGGUUCCAUGCCACGUGCAGGGAGAGCAGCAGGAGACAGCACUUGGCAGAGGCCCUUGGGAACCAGGUGUUCACCUGGGGCCGGUGGAGGUCAAGCCUGAGUGGGGGAUGACCCAUGGUGAAGGAGUUCAAGGCCUAAACCAAGGCACCGAGGAGCAACUCAGUCAGGACCCUGGAGCUGGGACGCAAGCCUUCCAGGAGCAGGCUCUGCCAGUUCUUCAGGCUGGUCCUGGCCUCCCUCCAGUGAACAGCAGAGACCAAGAGAUGGCAGCUGGGUUCCUUACAGCUGGACCCCAGGGGUUAGGGUCAUUUAAAGAUAUGGCCCUAGCCUUCCCUGAGGAGGAGUGGAGGCAUGUGACCCCAGCCCAGAUAGAUUGCUUUGGGGAAUACGUAGAACCCCAGGACUGUGGAGUCUCAGCUCCAGGCAUUGGGAGCAAGGAAAAGGAGGCUAAAACCCAGCAGGUAGACCUCAAGGGGGCACUUGCUCGGGUGACGUCAGAGAGGUUUGGGGAAGCCACGCUUCAGAGUCCUGAACUUGGAAGAACCUGUGAGCAGGAGCCCAGUAGCUCUGUGGGAAACAUACCAGGGCCACCGCCUCCUCAGCAUGGUGUCAUACCCCUGCCUGAUGACCUCAAGACCCACAGCUCCUUCUGGAAGCCUUUUCAGUGCCCUGAGUGUGGAAAAGGUUUCAGUCGGAGUUCAAAUCUUGUCAGACACCAGCGAACCCACGAAGAAGAGAAAUCCUAUGGGUGUGUCGAGUGUGGGAAGGGAUUCACCUUGAGAGAGUACCUCAUGAAGCACCAGAGAACACACCUGGGAAAGAGACCCUAUGUGUGCAGUGAGUGCUGGAAAACCUUCAGUCAGAGGCACCAUCUUGAGGUCCACCAGAGGAGUCACACGGGGGAGAAGCCCUACAAGUGUGGUGACUGCUGGAAAAGCUUCAGCCGGAGGCAGCAUCUGCAGGUGCAUCGGAGAACUCACACGGGGGAAAAGCCCUACACCUGUGAGUGCGGCAAGAGCUUCAGCAGGAAUGCAAACCUGGCAGUGCACCGGCGAGCCCACACAGGCGAGAAGCCAUAUGGGUGCCAGGUGUGUGGGAAGCGGUUCAGUAAAGGGGAGCGACUGGUCAGACACCAGAGGAUCCAUACUGGCGAGAAGCCCUACCACUGUCCUGCCUGUGGGAGGAGCUUCAACCAGCGGUCCAUCCUCAAUCGGCACCAGAAAACCCAGCAUCGCCAAGAGACCCUGGCACAGUAAAGAUGCCCUGGUGAAAUGCCAUCCUUUUUUUGUGAAUGGAAGGUGCAGGACCUGUCAGGACCAUCAGCUGGAGGGAGACCUAUUGGGAGGAUGCAUUGGUCUUUAGUCACUGAAGGGCUUUGAGGUGGGCAUUGAAGAGUGAUGGGGUGCAGAAAGGCAUUUUGACCCAUUUUCUUUCCAUUUUUUGUCAAACAGAGGCAGGGCAAGGCCUGAUAUAUUUUGAGUUUCCAGAGCGCAGUUCCUCAUGUCUCUUAUCCAAGUGGUGCGAACAGUUUUUCCUGCCAUCUUUUGGGGAAAUGAUAUCCUGAAUUUCAGAACAUCCUUUGGUGGGAUGUUCAUAUCUGCCUCUCGAGCAAGUCUGAUAGUAAAGGCAAAAUUUUGUCCCACGGUGGCAACUUAAACCUCAUUUUUAUGAGGGCUGUAUCUACCUGCAAGAUCAUUAGUUCAGAUUCUACCUUCCUUUUCCAUUUAACAAAUAUUUAUUGAACAAUUACUUUGUGCCUGAUACUGGGAACAUGGUGAAUGAGACAUAAGAGACCUGGGUCUCCCGGAGCUUGUGAUUUAUAGCAGUGGAAACACACAGAACCAUUAAUAACCCCAGGCAUUCUAAGUUAUGUUUGUGGUAAGAGCUGUGUGAGAGGAUAGUCUUGUGGUGGUCACUCGUUUUGCUCUGCUACUCAGGUGCUGGAUCUUUCCCUCCCCAGUUGGGAUCUCUCAGUCAGCUUUGUUUAUUUUACUUUCUUUGUAACCUUUUUCUGUCUCUAACAUUGUACCCUUAUCUGUAAAGUUUCCCCAUUAUUCCUUGUACCGUAACAGCUAUUUACCCAUCCAUUAGGAAAUUAAUAUUUUGCUAUUGAUCACUGAAUAAACAUGAAAGUAUUUUUAAAAACACUCAGUUCUGUAUAAAGAUCUAAUUAAAUGAAUCUGAAAGAUGAA